GUUGCGCUGAGCGGAUGUGGUCGGCUCUUAGUCUAGCCACACGAAGCAUUCAUACGGAAACAGUGCACAGCGCGGGUAGAAGAAACGUUUAUUCACACAGCUUCCCGCAACCGUUGCUCCCCAAUACGUUAAUGUCACAGUGUGCUGUGUGUGUAAAUUAAUUUUUCUUCGUAUUGCUGUUUAUGUGGCGCCCACAUAUACAAAAAAAAGAACAUGAAAUAGUUGUACGUACUUUCGCCAGCGAUUUCGCUAAUGCCAUUUAUUUAAUCACCGCUAACUUUAACGCCAACACUUGUGUAAAUAUGUGUGAAUCAGUGUGGUGCAACUUUCAAUCGUUGUGUUUAGAGGAAAAUAAAUUCUGGCUGCUAACGAAGUGUGAGAAAGCGUACAGUAUAUGAGCAAUGCCUGUUUGUGUGGCAUACUAAUAGGCGCCUUGACGAGUAUGAGCAAACUAAAAGCUGUCUCGAAUGCAAUUGUUUUUGUGUGAGCUAAAUAUGAUUAAAAGUUAAGUUUUUAGCCGUUAUUAUAUAAUGUAAAUAUCUCCAGAAAUGAUAGUAUUUCUAGGCACGCUUCUUUCCAAAGCAAAUAUGCGGAAUGUUUAGAAAAGUCAAAUAUGUGUUCAGAGGUAUCCUGUUUUGAUAUAUUCAUAUAUGUGUUUAAAAACGUUUGAAAUGCACACAUGUAGGUAACAUUGUAUCCUCGUCUACUAUAAAUUAGAACGCCUAAAAGUAUGUCACAUCUUUGGUUGGUACACGAUUGCUAACUUUGCAAAUGUCAGCUUUGAAGCAAUUUAGCUGAAUAUCGUUGAUUUAGUAGUGGACAAAUUUGUUUGAACUACUUAUAAAUUACUUUUUCUAUUUUUCAUCAUAAUUAUCACAUUUAUGACACUUUACACCACAAUAUACGCAGUUGGCAAUGCGCUUACUUCCAUCGCUCUUGGGAAAUAUAUUGCUUUAUCGAUCAAACAUUGGCCGUCAACCAGUGCACAUGUUUGUGACUUCCUUUGGGUACUUUUCGUAUUUGCUUUGACCGCUAUCAAUCAAAGUGUCAAAACUUAAAUAUCUAAAAAUAUGCAAACUAAAAUUUAAAAGUUUUAUUAAACUACGCACGGUAAUAUAAUAUCAUCUGCUUUCUUUUCUGCUAAAUAGUCAGUGGCAUUAGGGAAAUUGUGCCUCUAGUUCCCCCUGUGCGAGCCGCCUCGUCUCGUUUUUCGUUUACUCUUAAUCCUAUAUAUGAACGGGUACCCAGCUGAUAACCUACUAAAAAUCUAGUUAUUGCCUGCUUGCAUAUCCUAACGCAUUGGGACUUAGUAUCGGCGCUACGGAGAGGAAUAAUAUGAAUUAGUUGGAUAAUGAGCAGAAAUAGAUACCUGGCUUCUGCAGCGUAACAAGGAGCUGCUGCAUUUAUGACACUUUUGUAUUUAACUGUUAAUUCAUACCGAAAUGGCUUUGUACCUUGUUAAUUUUAAGGCCACCGGAAGUGCCGUAGUAAUGGAUUAGCUCAAGUAUAUAAAAAGCACGCACGCAAACACUCCACUCAGGCAUGUAACAGUAAAUGUGUAGUUUAAAUUGUUUGCAUAGUAUUAGACGAUUGCUAAUAUCUACUAAUAAUUCUGACACCAUUGGCAUAUUUUUUAAAUCAAAACACACAGGUUUGCAAACUUUAUCGUUCGUAAAUGAAAAUUGUUUCAAAUCAACUCUUUUCGCUUUCAAAUCCCACAAACAUACAUACUAUACUGACAUUGCUUUAUUUAAAUUCUUUUCAAACAUUUUUCAUAACCCAAAUUCAUUUUUUGAAACGGUGUGCCAUAUUUUUUGGUCCAAAAUAUGAAUACCGAAUCAUUUUUAGUAGUCCUAACGAUGUUUACUUACAGCUUAUAAUAAAGCACAUUAAUGCGUUGAACAACAGUUUAAAUAAAAAUUUGAAAUUGAUAAUCAAAUGUUUAAUUGACGAAAGUAUUUAGUUGAUUAGAAUUAAAAACAUUGAAAUUCAAUAAAGAAACAUCAAAAAACCGUGAAAACAUUUUCAAAGCAGUGUAAAACUUCGGAUUAAUAAAAUCAAAAUAACUAACAAUAAUUCAUAGAACAUCUGCAAUGAUGUCUGACAUAAGUAAAUCAAAAUAUAGGGGAAAAUGUGAAACGCUUAUUUACAUUUAGAUUAGAAUAUAACCCACGUCUACAUUAUCUAUACGCAUUCCACUGGCGGAAUUCGACGGUAGGCAACCACAAAUUAUUUUCGCAUAUUAUGUAAUCAGAGAAAUAAUGCAAAAACAUCAGAAAACGAUGUAAAAAAAAAGACAACAAAAAACUUCCCCACACCGAUGGACAGUUCACUAACGCAAAUACAAAGAGAUGAACAAGCAAUCGAAAUAAACAAAAAGAAACAAGUUCAACUGCAUAUAAAGCGUCGACAAGAACUAACCCGCCAGAGGCAUUCUAAGCGAAAUGAAUUGAUUCGCUGCACAGAAAGUGUUCGCAAUACAUUUUCGACCAAAUUGAGCAAAGUUAGUUCCAUAAAAAAAACUAAGACCUGCACGAAUGCAAGUGCAAAAACUAGGACACCUUCAACAGUAUCAGCCGCAGUUGAAGUUGGCGAUAGCGAUGUUCAGUGCAUGAGGGACGACAGCGUAGACGUAAUGGGCGGUGGCUUCACUUCCGCAAUAGCAAUCGUACAUUUGCAGCAACAACAAAACGUUGUUAAAAACGAAAUAGACGUCAUUGCAGUGCCAACAGUAGGCGAAAACAACAAACCAAUUUCCGUGGACAGAAAAAUAAAAAUAUCAGCGCAAAUGCAGGAAAAAUUGUUGGACAAUAUACAAACGGAAAAUGACGACCAAAAAAGUAAAAAUACCUUCAAUAUAAACAACACAAAGAAGGAAAACAAACCAUCUACAGCAACAGUUAGAACCAUAAACACCCGUCCAAGUUCGUCAGGGAAAAAUAAGGGUUCCAAAGAAUCAUGUGGCAGAUUUGCCGAGAAGUUGAGACGUUCAUUCCGACGCGGCGAACAUAAAUCACUUGAGAUCAAACCACCUGAACAUAGAUUGGAGAAUCUCGGCGGUACAAAUCAUAGAGAGAAGCAGUACUCUCCAGACGAAAAAAACAGCAGCUGCAAUAGCCUUAUUGACAGUGGUGGUGGACACAGUUUCAACUUAAAACCCUUCGGCAUUAGAUCAUUAACUCCACUACAACGCAAUUCGCAUUCUAUAUUUUCGCUAGGUCAUCUGCCUAGCCUGGGGGUCGGUGGAAGUGCAGACUCGGGCGGCGGUAGUAAAUGCAGUGUAUACAGUACGGCUGGUGGAGGACAUAUCAAUCCGGCGCUACUUUUGGACAGUCCUGACGCAGACACACCACCUGAGUAUGCAUAUCAUCACUUAAGUAGUGUCGCAACGACAAACUCGAGUACCUCUUUGGAAAGUAACUUUGGCGAGAUCGGCGAACGCACUUCGUCUUUAACCAGCAUCAGCUAUUGGGCGUGGCAUCAAUCGAACUCCUCUAUGGGUGGCGAGGUAAGCACUAAUAGCAACAAUGGUGUGUCAGAGGCAAGCAAUUCCGGACGAACGGUGGGCGACAUUGGUUUAACAGCGAAACAGCAUAAACAAAAGCAAAAACUAAAAUCACAAAGCAGUAGUAAAAGUGAUAUUCAACAGCAACAAGCAAGUCGUAGUUGCAGCAUUACCAGCGAGAGCAGUUCAACGAAACUCACACGUCUUCAAAAUCUUCUUUUUAAGUCAAGUAAUGAAAGCACAAAAAGCAUUCAUGCGCACUCCAAUGAGGGAUUCACAGCUUCGUCUCAUAAUUCUUCUUCAGGUGAAUGGGAGAAUUUGGGGUUUUCAACAACUAGCGGUAGUUGUAGUCACGUAGCCGCCGAUUUUUAUGUCGGUAGUUUUCCAGAAGAAUCCGAUGAUAUUGAUAGCGCGUUUACUCUAGCCCAACCAGCAGAUAGUAAUACAGUUGCCACGUCAAAGCCAAUACUAAAACGUGCUGACUCAAAUGAAACAGCCGGAUCGUAUUAUCAAUAUACGUUAACCUCACCGAAUAAUCCUUUUUUACCCGAAAUUAUCGCCCGCACCUACCAUAGCGUCUAUGAUGAGGAGAAUGAGCCGCUCGAGAAUAACAUGACGAAUGUUAAGUAUGGUCAGGGAGAAGACCCGAGUGGGUUAGAAUUGGAUGGCAGUGGCUCGCAUUCGGCUCAACUACCAACCCCGGUAUAUAGUCGAGCGGCCUCGCAAGAGUCUACACAUAGUGAUAGCGCUAUCUCAGCUAACAGCUACAGUGAAAAGCAGUGCUAAUGUAGAACUACCUUCCAGUCCUAUUAACAGUUCAUCAUCAACUCCGGGGCGACAGCGUCGUAAACUGUUCAUUUUGAAUUCGCCUACACGACACUUGCUACA